GUACUCAGCGAGGCAAGGAAUGAAUAGUUCAUUUCAGGUUCUCUCUUAAACACUUUCUGACCCUCAAAUGGCGCAUCCUUUGAUUCUCUUUGGCUUUUUAUUUUGCACAAUGGGCAUUAUGAGCAUGAAGACACUGAACCAUGUAAUUGUAAGAACUGGAGGAAAUGUUACUAUCCCGUGUCUGUAUGAUGAUCAAUAUAAACUAAACCCAAAAUACUGGUGUGAAGGACUGCUGUGGAUCUCGUGCGAGAUUAAAGCACAUACAAACAAAACUGGGAAAUGGCAAAUAACUGAUUACCCAGCAAAGAAUAUUUUUACAGUGCAUCUGAACAAUCUGACAACAUCUGAUUCUGGAUAUCACUGGUGUGCUGUGGGGAUUGGUAGCCAUGCCAAGCCAGAUGACAAAGACAAUUUGUAUUUAACAGUUAAAAUAGUUCCUGAUCUCUCUGUGGUGAGCAGCAGUGUAACUGGACAGGAAGGUGGUAAUAUCAGUGUCCAGUGUCUCUACAGUUCUGGAUAUAAAAAUAAAUACAAACAGUGGUGCAUAUUCAAAGAUGAGAGAUGUUACACAGUGGGGAGGACUGACACAUCCCAGAAUUCAUCAGUCCAGAUCGGUGAUGAUGGAAGAGAAUCCUUCACUGUGAUGAUGACUGGCCUGACAGAGAGUGAUUCUGGCUGGUACUGGUGCUCUGUAGGAAAACUGCAAGUCCCUGUUCAGCUCUUUGUUCAAAGGAAAAAUAAAUCUAAAAGUACAUCUGAAAAUGAUAGAAGCUCAGAUAAUGCUGGUUCUGCUUCACACGAUAAAGAGGACAGCAAGUAUAUUCCUGAUGCUUCGUCUGAGCUCAGGAAUCGGAUUUUACCACUACUCUGGAUUGCUGGGCCGUUACUUCUGCUACUGAUGGUGGUUUUGUUAACCUGGAGGAUCAAACGAAAACACAACGGAGCUUUGGUCACACAAGCACCCGAUGCCACUUCAAUGACAGAGGGUCAUCUCUGCUAUGAUACAGUGGUCUUCAAGAAAGGAAAGAAUCACGAACCUGACCAAGACCAGAUCUCCAUUCGACGUCCCACUGACCAAGAUUAUGAAGUGAUCUACAGUACUUUGAAACUUCAUUAAUAGUAGAUGAUCUUUGACAAACUGACUGUUCAGAUUAUGAAUUUAUUACAAUCUGAAGACAAUUGCUAAUUUAGUAUGAAAUGGCCUCUACAUCUGUUUUACGCUAUUUACAUGUAUGCGUUUCAUUUAAAGGCCACUGAAGACAAGAAAGAAUAAGAGCAACAUACAGCACAUACUGUAUUUUAAAUGAGUGUCUAAGUGUGCAGUGGAGAUGUCCAAUGAUCUUCUUACUGUAAAUGUUUGAUCACAACUGCUAGUGGUGAAAAAAUGUGUGAAUGCAUCUGUCACAUAUUUUGUAAAUGUUUGCAGUGGCAAAUUUUGUUAUGCUUUUCUAAUCAUCUUAAUCAUUGUGAGAUGUAAAACUGAAAUUAUUUUUGUAUUGUUAAUUUCUGACACACUUUUGAUUCUUGACUGUUACACUUUCUCUUCCUUCCUUUGACACACAUAUACACAUACAUCUCAAAUAAAGGUAUAAUUUAUUUGGAUAAAAUAGGUGGUU